AUGGCUCAGAGAGCUUUGAGAAUCCCUCUACACAAGAAAUUCGACGGUGUGUUGUUUAGGGAUCUCAAAGAGCCUGCAGAUAUGAAGAGUUGUAGCGACAAAGUAUUGCAAAGGAGGAAUGCUUCCAAGGGAACCUACUGCAAGUUACCAAUUGCAGUACAUCAUAUUGAGAUCAACAAUAUUGAGGAUGUAGAGUCAGAACAGGACAAAGCAGAAGUAGCAUCAUGUAAGAUGAUGAAUCCCAAGGCACCGAUAGUAUGCAAGACUUUGGUUAAAUCAAUUAGAGAAUAG